UUCACUGCAUAAUAAACUACUCACACGUUUAUUCAACUCUCUAGUAUUAUUAUAAAGCAAGUGAUCUCUUCAAAGAGAAGAAACACAUACACAUACACACAACAACCUCUUUGUGUCUCUUCCUUAAUCUAUCUUUGACUUCUAUCAUCACCAUUUUCGCCUGAACUUCCUAACUCUCAUUAUUAAACUCGUUUUCUUGACUUUCAUAUACUCACUUUCAUUAAUUUAACUUUCUAAUUACACAAGCUUCUUCCUCAUAAUAAAGUCUUAAUUAACCAUCUUUAUACUCCAUCUUGGUGUUCACUAAAUUCAACAAUAAUUACUCGUUAAGCCUAAUUAGUUUAUUUUGUUAUAACAAAAAUGGUUGUUGAGACGAAUGGUAACAACAAUCAUCAUCACCAAACAUUUGAUGUAUCAUCCAUUGAUCAACCACUAGACUCUAAGUUUUUCGACGACGAUGGUCGCGUCAAACGAACCGGCACAUCUUGGACUGCAAGUUCCCAUAUAAUAACAGCAGUGAUUGGCUCUGGAGUACUGUCUCUAGCUUGGGCUAUAGCUCAGCUUGGAUGGAUCGCUGGACCUGUUGUCAUGAUUCUCUUUGCUUGGGUUACUUAUUACACUUCCGUUCUUCUUUGUGAAUGUUAUCGUAAUGGCGAUCCCGAGAAGGGCAAGAGAAACUACACUUACAUGGAAGUUGUUAAUUCAAAUUUUGGUGGUAUUCAAGUCCAGUUAUGUGGGAUAAUUCAGUAUCUCAAUCUUGUUGGGGUUGCAAUUGGAUACACGGUAGCUUCUGCAAUAAGCAUGAUGGCAAUUGAAAGGUCGAAUUGUUUUCAUAGGAGUGGAGGAAAAGAUCCAUGUCAUAUGAACAGCAACAUUUACAUGAUUGCAUUUGGUGCAGUACAAAUUAUAUUCUCUCAAAUUCCAGAUUUUGAUCAGUUAUGGUGGCUUUCCAUUGUUGCUGCUGUUAUGUCCUUUACAUAUUCGACAAUUGGUCUUGGCCUUGGAAUCGGAAAAGUUAUAGAGAACAAAAAGUUUGCUGGAACUUUGAGUGGGAUAAAUAAUGUGACAAAAGCUCAGAAAACUUGGGGGAGUUUGCAAGCUCUUGGAGACAUAGCUUUUGCUUACUCAUUCUCCAUGAUUCUUAUAGAAAUUCAGGACACAGUAAAAGCACCACCUCCGUCAGAGUCGAAAGUAAUGAAGAAGGCUACACUAGUCAGCGUUAUAGUGACAACAUUUUUCUAUAUGCUAUGCGGUUGUUUCGGAUACGCAGCGUUUGGAAAUUCAAGUCCAGGAAACCUUUUAACCGGUUUUGGAUUCUAUAACCCAUUUUGGCUCCUUGACAUAGCCAAUGCUGCCAUAGUGAUCCACCUUAUUGGUGCCUACCAAGUUUACUGUCAACCCCUUUAUGCUUUCGUGGAAAAUUACGCGGAGAAAAGAUUCCCGGACAGUUAUUUUAUGAACAAGAACAUAAAGAUUCCGAUCCCGGGUUUAGAAAUGUAUAAACUCAACCUUUUCAGAUUGGUUUGGAGGACAGUUUUUGUGAUAGUGACAACUUUGGUAUCGAUGCUUCUUCCAUUCUUCAAUGAUAUUGUUGGGCUUCUUGGUGCACUUGGAUUUUGGCCUCUAAGUGUUUAUUUUCCAGUGGAGAUGUAUAUACUUCAAAAGAAAAUACCAAAGUGGAGCACAAAAUGGAUUUGCCUUCAAUUGCUUAGUGGUGCUUGUCUUGUAAUUACUAUAGCAGCUACAGUUGGUUCUAUUGCUGGGAUUUUCCUUGAUCUUAAAGUUUUUAAGCCAUUCAAGACUAUCUAUUGAUUGAAAGAUUGCAGUGAAUUUGUGUAUGAUCAACAUGAUUUGAGAGUUUUAUGACACACAAUUUCUGAUGCAGCUUGUGUGAAGAGAUGAAUAUUGAAGGAGGGAAUAUAGUACAUAGUUGUAAGACUAUUUUAUUAAAAGGAAAAAUAUUUAUAUUGUAUUAUUGUAUGGUUCACUUCUAUUAUUAUAAUACUUGUUAUAGUUUAUUGUAAUGGUGAGUUGAACCUUGAAAAUGAAAUAGUUUCUUAUUUUUC